UAAUGGUGGUUGUCAAAUUUGAUGUGGUUUUAUCUUCCAUUGUGAUUGGUGCAAAUAAUAAACUGAUUAGUUUUUCUUAUUUGCAGAUGCACGGAUUGCGGAGACUGAUGCAGGGAGACGCGAAACAUCCCAAAGCCCCCUUAGGAAAUAACUUUAGACCACCUCAACCUCUUCACCAUCGUCCAGUACGAACAAACAUUGACUUCAAUGUCAAGCAUCCGGGUGCGGCUGGCAAAUACUGCCCCAGCAUGUACAAAGAUGUAUACUACAAAGCGAAUAGUUGGAAGCAGCACUGAAAUAACGAUAAUAACAAAAAAACUUUAUAGUGAAAGUCGAACUUCAAUAUAAAACAAUACGGUGAAAGUGCAUAUCGUGAAAAUAUAAUUUUUAUAGUGAAUUUGAAUAUCUCAGUAGUGCAAAUAAACGACAACAAAAAAUAAUAAUGAAAACAUAUCAUAUUUUGGAAGAAAUUCAAAAGGUAUUAUGAGCUGAUGUGACCUGCUUUCUGAUAUUAGAGUAGCGAAUUUAGAAAACGAAUGCCAUGUGAAUAGAAAGUUUAAUUUUUGUAAUUUUUGUGCGUUGAAAUCAGCUAACUUUUGUUAUCUUGUAAGGCCUAACCGACAAAAAAUGUUUUAAAAAAACCAAGCUAAAAGAAUGUCAAUAUAAAAUGGAUAAUAUCAAACAUGAGCGAUAUCGGGAAGUGGAGUAAACAUAUAUUUUACGUAAAUAUGAAAUUGUUGACUAAUUCUGAUACCGUUCCUGUUAUUGUUAGUUGUAAUAUCAUAUAAUGUUUGUAAAAAACCAUUUGUGUUUGUAAAGAAAGUUUAUUUCUCCUUAAUAUACAUAUCUUAAUA